CCAUCAGUCGCCAUCUUUUUUUAACACCACAUGACCUCGUUACUGUGUCCCGUGACCUGCUCACGUGAAUUUUGACAAAAUUCAAACCUUUUUCAGACGGAAAUAAUGGAUUUGUUGGAACAGCAUCUUCAUCAACAAGAUGUCAGCGCUGUUACUCACAAGGAGGAAGAUGGAACGGGGAUUGUCAUCGAGGAAGCUGAAAUCGUCGAUUGUGACGGGGACGCCGUUGGAGAAGAUGGGAUGCGGUAUCAGGAAGCUCUUACCUAUCGCGUUGUCCAGGUAAACGGAGCACCAGCUGGAUCCGAGAUGGAUAUUCAGGGAAAUCAACCUGGGGGAAAUACCGUUCAGGUUUUAACGUCACCUCUCAACGGCCAGUUUUACGUAAUAGGAAAUGCGAAUGACGUUUUUACGACAGCUCAAACGUCCAGGUCGCUCGCCCCGAGAUCAGCAACUCUUCAAUUAGAAACGCCGAGGGCGUCUUCCACAGGACUAAAGAAGAGGGACGACCGACGGAGAGCAACUCAUAAUGAAGUAGAGCGUCGAAGACGAGAUAAAAUCAACAAUUGGAUCGCAAAAUUAGGCAAAAUUAUUCCCGAGUGUACCAAUCCCAAUAGCAAUGGAAGCAGCAGUGGAGAAGGAAAAGCCAAUUAUGAAACUCAGAGCAAAGGCGGAAUUUUAGCAAAAGCUUGUGAAUACAUUGGCGAGUUGCGAUCAGCAAAUCAAAGUCUGGGUCAGUGUUUGCGGGACAAUGAGAGGUUGCGGCAAGAAGUUGUCGAUUUGAAGCAACUCGUGAUGGAAUUAAAACGAGAAAACCUCCAGCUCAGAUCUCAAUUGUCGACAACUCAAAAUCUGGAAGUCUCGCAUCUAAGCCCUUAAAAGUUUUUCUUUGAUUUGCUUUGCUUGUUUUCUUGUAAAUAUUAAGAGAGUGGGCGCCAGUCUUUUCAAUCUAUUCUGUUUAUUGCGAAAGCCUAGGGGGGGGAUUUUCGACUUUCGAACGCAAACAAAUGAGAUAAGGCUGUGAAUAUCGUUAAAUUCUGAUUUGCGUUACUCUAUGAGCAGUUCAAAUCUAAUUCUGAUAUCGUUUUCUUUUUUUUUUUUCUUUUUUUCCUCAUAAGAGGCUUCAUCGCUUUUCGAAAUCAUUUAUCAAAUCAUGUUUUUUGUUUUUCACAACUCUUUAGAAAAAGAAAAAAAAUUUAUUUCAACGAAAAUUACAAGUAGAGGCGAGUUUUUGGAAUUUUUAAAGUUGAGAUGACUUUCAAUUGUGAGAGAGCGCAAGAUUGUGUCAAAUGUACAUAUAUUAUGCAAUUUCUUUUGCAAUGCAAAUAUGUCGACGAGAUAGUUUUAGAUUAAUUUUUUUUUCUUUUUAGAUAGUUUCAGAGUUGAAUAUUUUUCUCUACGUUGAAGUUUAUUGUAAAUAGGAUACGGAAUUAUGUUAGUAAUCAUUUUAGAGCCUUUUAUUUAAUAAGUUUUUUUUUUUGUGAGCAAUUAAUAUGCAUGUUUAAGGAAAGCGUUAAAAAAAAAAAAAUUCAAUUAGGUUUGGUAAUCGGAGGAAAUCCUUGAUUUGUUUUUAUUUUUGGUGUGUGUGUGUGUGGGGGGUGAAAUUUUCAGAGGUCUUCCUGGCACCAGCUUUUCACUCACGCGUGCCUUUUUCCACACUUUUCAAGUUUACGUUGGCUUUUUUGGUCUCUUUCGAAAUGCGCGCAGCUGGAAAGACCUUUUGAAAUAAAAAAAGAAAAAAAAACUAUCUUACAAAGGUGCUCAAGUAUCUUGGACGAAACAUCAAAGAUAAAAGGUGGAUCAAGUUGUGGAAAGGAUCGUAUCAUGUAUUAUAUCGUUAAUGUAUAUAUUGCGGGGUUAUUGUUAUAUUAUUAUUAAAAUGAAAUUUAAAAAUA